CUUCAUAACUCCGAUCAGAUUUCUUGACGCCGCCCAUGAAUUUAGUGCCCCUGUAAUAAAACCAAACUCACAAACUUUAAUCGGUUUACUGUGACAGCCAAUCAGCGCCUCUCUGCUCCAGCUUUUUGCGCUCCGGACCAAUCAGCAGCGAGCAGCUCUUUGUUGUUGCUGCUGCGGGCCGCGGCAGGACGCGGACGGCCAGCGAGCUGCGGGGUGUCGCUGCGGUUUGUCCCGGAUCACCGACGGGUUUCUCGCCAGUUUGGCUUUCUGACAGGCGGAAGCGCCAUGUCGGUGAACAUGGAGGAGCUGAGGCACCAGGUGAUGAUCAACCAGUUCGUGUUGGCGGCCGGAUGCGCCGCCGAUCAGGCCAAGCAGCUCCUCCAGGCGGCCCACUGGCAGUUCGAGAUGGCGCUAAGCUCCUUCGUCCAGGAGGCCAACGUUCCGGGUCAACACCAGAUGACGGUGACGCCCAGGAACACGCCGGCCACGCCCCCUAACUUCCCGGACGCCAUCGCCAUGUUUUCCAGGCUGCGGGCGUCAGACUGCCCCCUCACGCCCCUCCCCCAUGUGGGCCGCCUCCCCACCCGCCCCCCUGGCUGCGCCCCCCCUCACCCACAGGUCACCAUCAAGGUCACCUCCACCUGCACCGCCGCCCGGCGGCCCCCAGCAGCCGGCCGCCAUGUUGGCACUCCACGGCCCGAGAUGAGGAACGGGUCGGUUCUGGUCGGGUCGGUCUCUGCUGGAUGGAAACCAGGAACCAUGGAUUCAUGGAAAGUCCUGCAGGUUCUGUGAGGAUUCUGACCCGGCCCGCUGGACUCAGAACCCAGAGCCAUGAGGUCAGAAUAUCAGGCACCAGGUCCGAGUCCGGCCGGGUUCUGCCUGGAGGUAAACUGACCCGGUUCUGCUUCAAAUUGAUUUUUAUUUCCAUUUUUUUCCAGACUUUAAACUUUCUGAAAGCGGAUCCAUCAGAACCCGGCCCGGUUCUGCUGUCCUGGACCCGAGUGGGACCCGGAACCAAACCUUUGUUCGCUCAACGACUGGGAGCCGUUUGGGUCCAGAUGUUCAGAACCGCUCCGGUUCUCCUCCAUGCUGAAUGUUGGCCAUGACAGAGUCAGAGGUCAGAGGUCAGAGGAAGGCUCCUGAGACGCUGAACCUCUGAGUUUCCUGAAUGUUUUUCUGCUGCACACAGAACCAGAACUAGAACCAGAACCAGUACCAGAACACUCCUCCUUCACAGCUCGUUUCUGUUCCGGUUGAUUUUUCACUUCCGGGUCAAACUGGACUCCGACCGGAACCGACCCGCAAAUCCUCAGAAUCUCUUUAGGCUAAAUUCCAGAACCGGGUCACGGAACUGGGUCACGGCUUCUUUAAUGGGAGAUUUUAUCAAUAAAUCAGAAUUUUUUUCAUCUUUGCUUCCAGAUCUAAAAAAUGUCAAAUUUCAUUUAAAGUUAAAGAACCAGAACCAGAACCGGUUUGGUUCUGGUUCUGGUCCGGAUGUUUGGCCCUUUAAAUGAUGCCAGGGUUCUACGGGUUGGUGAACAUGAACAUUUUCAGGUUUUAGUUUCCGGGUCGGGUCAAACCUCCUGAACCCACCUGGUUCUGUCGCUAUGGAGACGAAUUGAUCUAAACCUUUAUUUAGUUUGGACCUCCUGAGUUUCUGUACUUUUAAUUAUGCUGUUGGACUUUAUAUGUUUAAUGAAAGACAUUGUGAUCUGGUGUGAAGAACCAUCCGGGCCGGAACCAGAACCAUCCGGGCCGGGUUAUCUCUGGUCUGGAGCGUCAAAGAGAAACUUUAUGGUGGAUUUUUAUAAGAUUUAAAAACUUCCAAUGUUUCUAGGAAACUGUUUGAUCUCUGACAAAAGAAAAGCUUAGCAAUAAAGUUUUAGAAAAUACAAA